AAACCCCGAGGAUGUUUCCUCGGGGAAAACACUCCAACGCUCAAGUCAGCAAUACUCAAUAUUCUAGAGAGAAGUGCUCUCAAAGAGUAAUUGCAGAGAGAGAAGCGUAGAGAUUCAUUACCUUCAUUGUUGGUGGUUGGGGGGUAUUUAUAGCCCCAAAUACUGACAUGCAUUCCCACAUGUAAGUAACUCAUUGGGCCACGUGGUGCUGCUCACGUGGGCGUGUCUCCUCUUCCUGGGCCUGUGUGUGCAUAGUUGGGCCUGUUAUAUGUGGCCUGAAUUUGGCGUUGGGCCUAAUCCCAACAUUACUCCCCCCUCAGCGUUCGGUUGACGAACUGGAUGGGAGUCUUGUUAGCAUGGUGCUUGGCCCUAAGGAUGAGGAGGGAUAUUUUGCGUUCAUGAACGACCUCACGUAUGAACGGCCUGUUUGGCUUGAAAGCAUGGCGCCUGACCAGAUGUGCCAAGGGGUGCCUGCAAAGGCGGUGGUCUUCAGGUCGCUCUUCCUAUGCCGUUUGUGUCCGUCCACCAGCGGGACGAGAUGGUACUACGUCUCGGGCAGGGAGAAGAUGUUGAUCUUCACCAACAUCAGAAAUAAGGUAGCGAGGUGGAAAAGACAGUUCGUGUUCGUGCGGGAUACGCGAACUGACAGGAUGAACAACGAGCUCGCCGCCCGUCUGUCAGAGUGGCGCACGCCGAACGCAUAUAUGAACUAUCCUCAGCUGACCAGUGGCGACGUCGACCUGAAGAAUCGGCUGCUCGACUAUGUGAAGGCGAGGGGGCUAGUGGAUUUGGAAACCUUGGUUACCCCGGAGCAGAUCGCAGUUCUCGGAUUUGUCGAUGUGGCAAAUCUACACUCUCAAGGAGUCAUGAGCAGCAUCCUUGAGCGUCAACGACAGAGAGCGCAAGGCUCCAGGAAUCGGGGAGCCGGGUCAAGUUCCCAACGCCAGUCUCGUUUUGACGAGUGGCCACCUGCUGCACCAGGGCGCAGCUCGCAACACAGAAGUUCCAGCUCGGCACAGAGGCCGCGUGCCGAGCAAAGAGUCGAGUCUGCGCCUUCCAGCUCCAGAAGGCGUUCGAGGGAAGACGCGGAGGCUGAUGCAGAGGAUGACGUGCCUCUCAUACGGCGUAGGACGGGCACCGGCUCGCAGCCCGCCCCGGCCGCUGCUGCAAUAGCCCCCAACGUGCCUCAAGCGCCAGCUCGGGAGGUUGCUGAGGCCGCACCAAUCUCAACGUCUGGUAUGCAGAACUUUGUGCCCCCUGCAGACCGGCUGCGUGCGAAGGGGCACAUUCAACAGCAUGGGGGGCAUGCUGCGCUGAUUAAGCUAAUGGAUGUGUUCAGUUACACUGUCGCGCUGUUUGAGUGCGAACAGGGAGCCCGAGCGCAGAACAACGAGCUUCAGAAAAGCUGCAAGCAACUGGCUGCUGAAAAAGCCAGCUUGACUGACGAGGUCAGCCGUUUGCAGAGCUCGGAAAUGGCAGACCGAGCAGCGUCAGCUGAAAGCCGAGCUGACGAGCUGGCCCGUAAGGUAGAUGAGCUGAAGGAGGAGCUCGUGAGGGCCCGAGUGGAGAGGGAGAGCGGCAUCCAGGCUGCGAAUGAAGAGGCCGGUCGUGCAGAGGAUCGUGCCAAAAGGGCCGAAGCUGAGAGGGAAAAGACUCUGCACGACCUGAAUGCCAUGGCAGAUAGGGUCUCCCGAGCUGACCUGCACGUCGCCCAAGCUGAGGCGUCCUUGGAAGAGUGCAAGAGGCUCCAUCAGCGGGAUCUCUGCUUCGCCCGUGCGCAAGGCGCUGAAUGGCUGCUUGGAGCAGAGAUGUUCCAGGACGCCGUGGCAGUUGCCUCUGCUAACACCACCACGGACAUUUUCAACGAGGUUCAUGGGAAGGUGUUGCAAGUGCGGGCAGAUUUCCCCAUCGGCGAGCUGGCUUUCUUUGAGGGCAAGGAGAGUAACGAAGAAGGAAAGAGCCUAGCCCAGCCAGCGGACACCCGGGUGAGGCUAAGAUGGGAGCUAAACGAGGAGGGGCUGCCCGUGUGGCCCCCCUCUGUGAUCGAAGAGGGGGAGGACACAGAGGGGUUGCCAAGUUUUGACGCUUGGGUGGCGAACCCCCAUGAUGUGCCCGCUGAGCCUUCUAGCACGCCCCCCUCUGCUCCGCCUCAGCUUGCGCCAACCGCGACUCCUGUUCAUUCUCCUACCCUUCCUCCUCCAGAUCGUUCCUCACCAGCCCGGUCUGUUACUGCCCCAAAUGACGCAUCUAUUCCCGUCGACUUGACGGAUGACUAGCUUAGGAUUUUUUGUUCUGUUUUUGUAUGUUUGUGUUAAUCAAUGAAUUUAUUUACU